ACGAUCAUAUCCUUUAAGCCCCGCUAUUAUAUUCGUUACGCUCAAGCAUCUCGGAACUCUCGCGAGAAGGUAGAUCUGUUCUGGGUUGGAGGAGGGAGAUCCAAGCAGUAAGGAAUAAGAUUGUUUUCUAAAGAAAAAAGUAAAACCAGUUCAAAAUGGACAACAUGCAGGACAAUACCACCGUCUUCAACACUUUAAAGUCAUUUGAGAGUUUCCUCUCGCAACAUGACGCUUCAACGAGCCAGCCUGAAACCAGCGCGAGUAAAAGUGACCUGCAAUUCCAGUACAACUACCAGUUUAAGGUGGAAGAGGAAGCUCAGAAAAUCUUCUCCAAGACCCAUCUUUUACAAAUGGCCCAAGAGAAGUCGCAGAUGGAGUUCAGUCACAAACGUGCCCGCAUUGAGCUGGAAAAAGCAGCCCACACCAGUGCCAGGGACUUGGAGCGCGAAGUGGACCGUAACCAAGACCUGCUCGCGCGCAUCAGGAAGCUGGAGGAGAAAGAGUCGGAAGCAGGAAAGGCCCUGAAGGAGCAAACUGAGAUCAGCAGAUCCCUGAAGAAGACCAUCGAGGGGCAGAACAAGAAACUGGAGGAGAAGGACUCCAAGCUAGCAGAAGCCAAUGAGACGAGCCGAGCCCUGCGGGAUGAGAUCCGAGAGCUCCAUCAUAAGAUAAAAAACCAGGAGAUCCAGCUGACCACACAGACCACUGAGAAUCAGGGGUUACAGGAGCAGCUGGAACUAUUGCACAAGAAAUGCCAGGAAGCAACUCAGAAAAUCCAAGCACUCCAGAUGUAUCCUUCACUGAACUCAGAAAAUGAGCUGAAGAUUAAGGAGCUGGAGAGGAGGCUGGCGAUGCAGGAGCAGGAUUCCGUGAUCGUGAGGAACAUGAAGUCUGAGCUCGGGCGAAUCCCAGACAUGGAGAAGGAGCUCCAACAGCUCAGAGAGGAGAACGCCUACCUGAGAGAGACCAAGGAGAACAAUAAUUUACUGAAAGAAGAGGCAGAGGGGAUGCGGAAGAAACUGGAGCGUGUGGAAAAGAUGAAAGAAGACCUUGUUAAGCUUGAAUUGGAGAAAGAAAAACUUUCUCUGAAACUACAAGCUUGGCAGAAUUUAGAGCAGAUGACUGGUCUUAACAUCAGGAGGCCUGAGGACCUGUCGGGAGAGAUCAUUCAGUUUCAGCAGAGAGAGAUCACCUUGAAGCAGCAGAACUACUCUGUCACCAGCAGUGCUCGGGCUCUGGAGAAGGUCCGCCUGGAGCUCCAGAACGAGCUGUUGCAGCUGCGGGCCAAGCUCCUGGAAGAGCAGAAGAGACGUGAGCAGCAGGACGCGCUGGUUCGGCGACUCCAGAAGCGCGUCUUACUACUCACCAAGGUACAGGAGAGGCCCGAGCUGGCCCUUAAACAGCCUCAGCUCCAGGAGCGAGACGGGGUAAGAGCUAUCCUAGAGUCCUAUGACAAUGAGCUGACGGCCAGCGAGUACUCCCCCCAGCUGAGCCAACGUGUGAAGGAGGCCGAAGAGAUGCUCCAGAAAGUCCAAACUCACAACUCGGAGAUGGAGGCCCAACUUUCCAAGGCACAGGAAGAAGCUGGUGCUUACAAACUCCAGGCUCAAGUAGCAGAAGCUGAGAUUGAUAUUUUGAAGAAGCAAGCUGCUACAGCAGACAACAGUUCCUUUGUUAGCACUGAAGAAGUUAACUCCCUCAGACAAAAGAUUGAAGAGUUGGAGGCAGAGCGCAGGCGCCUUGAAGAGCAGAAUAAUAUGCUGGAGAUGAGGCUGGAGAGGCAUAACCUCCAGGGCGACUAUGACCCGACCAAGGUGAAGGUGCUCCAUUUCAGGAUGAACCCGGCCAGCCAGGCGCGGCAGCAGCGCGCCCAGGACGCCGAGCAGCUGCGCCAGGAGCUCCAGCGCCUCAAGGAGCACAUCCAGCUCUUGCAGGCAGGGGGCGCCGUCGCGGCCGAGGAGGGGCCCUUGAGCCUGCCGCCCUCUCAGGAAGUCCUAGAUCUGCGCAAACAAGUGGAGAGUGCAGAACUGAAAAAUCAGCGCCUGAAAGAGAUCUUUCAGAAGAAGAUCCAGGAAUUCCGAAAAGUGUGUUACAUGCUAACAGGCUACCAGAUUGACAUCACCACAGAGAAUCAGUAUCGCCUCACCUCUGUGUACACAGAACGAGUGGAAGACUCGCUGCUUUUUAAGGCAAGUGGGCCAACAGGAGGGAACAUGCAACUGCUGGAAACAGAUUUCUCCCGCACUCUCCAUGACCUUGUGGAGCUUCACCUCUUUCAUCAAAAGAGCAUCCCAGCAUUCCUCAGUGCUGUGACCCUUGAACUCUUCAGCCGCCAGACUAUCAUCUGACCUCGCCCCUGUGCCUUCUCCACAGUGAUAUCCGAGAGCCUGUGAAAUCUGUGUGCAUAUAACUGCAUCAGAAUUGCACCUCACUUUUGCCGAUUAGAGUGUAGUCUGUUGGUGUUAGGCAAUUACAGUGUGUACUUUAUAGAAAAUUAAUAGCAGAGCUUUGAGUUUGAAAUUUGUGUGGAUUUUUGUGUUGCAAAAACUCUAGAAAAGCUGUGAUUUUUCUCACUUUGCUGCAAUAUGUGAUACUUCCCGGGUGUUACUUUUAUUUUUUCAUAUACAUGUUCUAAAUUCCAAGUAAUACAUCUUCAGUUUUGUUAAAUGCAAUUAAUUAUUCAAACAUAAUGUUGUGGCAGCAAUUGUGCGGAAAAGGGAAUCAUAAACCAUCAAAUCUGUUUCCCACGGUCAGAAGGCAUAGCUUUCAGCAGACACGACACUUCCUUCCGAAUUCACGUUUGGGAAUAACUUGUAAAAGUAACUGCUGGUUGACCAUCUGUGCAUAGCACGCUCCCACAUUUUAUGUUACUAUGUCCACUGUGGCUGCAAAGCAUUUCAGUUAAAUGAUUUUUGUGUUAAAAUAUAUUUCUAAAGCAAAUCAGACAUGCUCUCAUUAACUACGGUAAAGAGAAGGAUUUAGUACUGCUCAUCUUUCUUUUAUAUAGUUCUCAAAGCUGCAUGUGGUUUAAGCAAGACUUUUUUCUUCAUUGUUUAUUUAAAAAUGUCUAAUUAUAAUUUGACGUCUGGAAAUAUUUCGAUUUGUCUAUUUCAAGUAACAGUAGGCUGACCUUGAGAAUUUAGAAGAGUUCAAAAAGAAGAUGAGCCAAAGCAUGAAAGAAAAAACAAGACUGAGGCAUCGUCUAACCUACAUUGCAUGUUGAUAAUGAUAGAUAAUAACUGUGCAGGAGUCUCUUGUUCCCAUCAGGAAUAAGUGCAGGACCACACAGUCAGAUUACCUAGGUCACAUUCCGACAUACAAUCUGAACAGUCAUUAAAUAAACUGAUAUCAACGACAGGAAGGGCUAGGCAUCACUGUUUGUUAACCAUGUGCGAUGUCAGCAGGCUGUUCAAGUGAAUGCAGAUGAAUUUCGUCUUGCAAUUGGUAUAUUAGUAUACCCUUGAAUACCUGAAACCACAAAAUAAUUUCUACCCUGAGUCGGCUAACAAGGGAUUAUCCUGUUCCUUAGCAUUUCCUUAAAUCUUUUCUGACAGGCAAACUGGUUUAUCGGUUUGGUCUGUACCAGAGAGUAUGUAUCCCUUUUUUCAAACUGUCACACUUAAGAAUUAAAGCUUAGUGGAAAAUAUGCAAUGAAUAAAAACAAUGUGUCAUAGGUCUGGCAUGGAUAAAGAUGCUUUUUGUGUAGCCUGACUUCAUUCACCUGAUUCAGCAAAAGAUGUAAAUGUGUUUUAAUAAUUUGGCACUUCCGUACAAUAGAGUUUUUUUUCCUCGAGCCAGUCUGUUUCAAAGUUAUAGGUGGAUUGUAUAGUAUAGCAAAAAAGUUUUUUUACGACUGAGUAUGUGUUUGUUCUAAUCUGCUUAUGAUUUUGCCAUUAAAUCAUUUAUUUCUUUAGAAAUGUGGCCGCUGGUGAAGAACAUCAUGUCUCAGCAGUUAAGAUGAAACACAGGAAUACUAGUUUUCUAAAGUGGUAUGUAAAGUGAUGUUUUCCUGCAUUGAUGUUUGUUUUUAAUAGUUUCAUUGAUUCUCCUAACAUCAGGAAUGUCUUUCUCUUUGCUGGAAUUUUCUAAAACAUGAGAAAUAAAGUUACUUAAAAAGCA